AGCUGCCGCGACAACCACAUUGAUGCGAGCGAGUAAGAGACUGAUCAAUCAAGUGGGCAUUGCUUUUGCUCCCUCGCGUUCCUUCGCAGCCAUGUCUGCAACACAAGCCCCGAAGGUGAAGAAAAUUGGACCAUUGUCUGCCGACGAAGCGAAAUGGACGGAACUUCGAAAGAUCGAGUGGACCGAUCAGACUGGCAAAGACCGAAUCUGGGAAGCAGCCGCACGCAAAACCCGUGGCAAAGGAGGCGUUGAUGCCGUUGCCAUUGCCCCGAUUCUCCGCCACCCUCACAAUCCGCCCUCCACCAUGAUCAUCCUGCAGUACCGGCCGCCGGUCGAGGCAACGUGCGUCGAAUUCCCAGCAGGUCUCAUCGAUGAGGGCGAAACGCCAGAGCAAGCUGCCGUGCGUGAGCUCAAGGAGGAGACGGGCUACGAAGGCAAGGUAGUUGAUUGCUCGCCCACAAUCGUGUCGGAUCCCGGAUUGACCAAUGCCAACAUGCAGAUGGUCACGGUGGAGGUCAAUCUAUCGGAGGGAGACGACAAGCCUGAACAACACCUCGACGAUGGUGAAUUCAUUGAACGGGUCAUCGUGCCACUGCAUGAACUCUACGACAAACUGCAAGCGCUUUCCAAGGAAGACGGCAAGAUCGUUGAUGCGAGGCUCUUCCACUGGGCGCUGGGCUUGCACUGGAGUCAGCGACUGAACCUCAAAGGCUGACACAUCGUCGUUGAAGACUUCACCGCCCGAGGCUACGUGCCGGACAUCUACGUAGCCUUUGUCGCUUAUGGGUGGCACUGUGGCUCUCAGUACUUACGAGCGGGCUGAAAUAGCGGAAUCGUCUCCAUCAAGAUCAGGCAGAGAUGAACAGGGCAGGUGAAGAUGGACUAGAUUCCUGAGUACAACGAUUCGGGAAAAGGUCGAUUCAUGAACGUCUGUCUAUCACUGUAUUACGAGGCUCUAUCUUCGGGAAAACUGAGGACCAAACCUAUUCAACCCCUCGCAAAGUAAUUGU